UAGGCGGACCCUGGACCCACUCGACAUCCCACUUUUAAGAGAUCAGGAGAAUUUUACUCUUGAACACAUGACAUUUACAUAGCAUUUGAGAAGGAGCGAACAGGGAUCACAUAUAUAUAUAUAUAUAUACUUUUUUUGCCAUUUAACAGGUAACAGAAAGAAGAGAAGCCACUAGAUGAAGGAAAAACAGUAAAGCAGCGGAGGCAAGAUCCGUGUGGAGAUAUCCGGAGUUGGCACAGUGGCACUCUAGUUCUCUCUGAUUCCUGAAGGAAAAGAAAAGAGGACGUCAGCCACAGCACACACAAACCCUUACACACACAUGCACCAGCACACACACUUACACAGACACACAAACACAUUUACACACAAACACUUACACACACACACACACACACACACAUACACACACACAUACACACAUACAUUGGAGCAAAGAUGAGUGAAGAUAAAGCAGCUGAAAGCGUGGAACCUGCUCCUGCAGUGCCAGUAUCAGCUCCAGCACCAGCAGAGAUGAACUCUAUUCCCAAUGGGAAAGGCCAUGAGACUGGGGAGGAAACCACAGAAGCAGCCAAAACACCACCAGGAGACACCACAGAGCAGGAAAUUGUUCCCAAUAGUGCCCAAAAUGUCAGAAGUGAGGAUCCAGAGGCCAACCUCGCAGAGAGUCAGGAGUUCCUGUCUAACAUGGAGGACAAAAAGACCACACGCUUCACAGAUUUUGAGGGGAAAACCUCUUUUGGAAUGUCAGUGUUCAACUUGGGCAACGCCAUCAUGGGAAGUGGAAUUCUGGGAUUGUCGUAUGCCAUGGCCAACACAGGGGUCGUUCUAUUCCUGGUGCUCCUGACAGUAGUGGCUGUCCUCUCAUCUUACUCCAUCCACUUGCUACUCAAGUCAUCUGGCAUUGUGGGUAUCCGGGCGUAUGAGCAGCUGGGCCAAAGGGCAUUUGGAACGCCAGGCAAGAUGGCUGCCGGCAUCGCCAUCACACUGCAGAACAUCGGAGCCAUGUCCAGUUACCUGUACAUCGUGAAGUAUGAGUUCCCUCUGGUCAUCCAGGCCUUCCUGGGGGUCGACAAGCCAUCAGGUGAGUGGUACUUGAAUGGGAACUACCUGGUCAUCAUGGUGUCCAUCAGUGUCAUCCUGCCUCUGGCUUUGAUGAAGCAGCUAGGGUACCUGGGCUACACCAGUGGCUUCUCUCUCACCUGCAUGGUCUUCUUCCUCAUCUCGGUCAUUUAUAAGAAGUUCCACACCCACUGUCCCUUUUCGGACUUUACCUUUAACAGCACAGCCAGUGUGACUUCUGUUACCAAUGACACUGGUUACAACCCAGCCUGCAUUCCGAAAAUGGUCAACCUCAACUCACAGACGGCCUACACCAUCCCAAUCCUGGCAUUUGCCUUUGUGUGCCACCCUGAGGUCCUGCCCAUCUACACCGAGCUCAAAAACCCCACCAAGCAAAGGAUGCAGCAUGUGUCCAACAUCUCCAUUGUAGUCAUGUACACCAUGUACUUCCUGGCUGCUCUGUUUGGAUACCUGACCUUUUAUGGUGAGGUGGAGUCAGAGCUGCUGCACACCUACAGCCGUCUGGACCCGUACGACACCCUGAUCCUGUGUGUCCGUCUGGCCGUGCUCACUGCUGUCACACUCACCGUCCCCAUAGUGCUCUUCCCUGUAAGGAGAGCCAUCCAGCAGUUGUUUUUCCCCAACAAGACAUUCUACUGGCCCCGUCACAUUGCCAUCGCUGUCACCCUGCUCACUCUCAUCAACAUGCUGGUCAUCUUCGCGCCUAACAUCCUGGGCAUCUUCGGCAUCAUUGGUGCCACAUCUGCCCCCUGCCUCAUCUUCAUCUUCCCUGCUGUUUUCUACAUCCGCAUCGUACCCGAAGAGGAGGAGCCCAUGCGCUCCACCCCCAAAAUCCUGGCUGCCUGCUUCGCUGGAAUAGGCUUCCUGUUUAUGAUAAUGAGCCUGAGCUUUAUCCUCAUUGAUUGGACGUCGGGGAGUAGCAAAGCCAGCAGCGGUCACUAGACGGCUUCUACCGUCUUCAGUUUUUAUGUUGUAAAUCUAGACCUGUAUGGUAUUUUCUCUGUGUUUUCAUGGAUCAUAUUUUGUAGAGGAUGUACUAUCUCUUCCUCCAGAAAGAGUGGGCCAGAGUGUCUAGAAAUGGGGAGUUCAGUCUUCUGGAGGUUUCUGCUGCCCGCUGGAAGAAUAUAGUGCAUUCGAAACAAAUGUAAAGUCAAGCUGGCUCGCUGAAUCUGCCACCACCUCCCAUUCCAGCCCUGCCCCCAGACCAGACCCAUAACCCAUUACCCUAUAAACUUGUACUCUGUGAAUCACAGCAAGAAUCUAACUGCCACACUUUAGUCUAAACAACCACGUAGCUUUCUUCAACAGUAGGGGAGAAGAAGGCACAACAGAUCGUUGGGGGCUGGACAGUUAUUUUAUAUUUGUAGCCAAAGUCUACUGUAUUAAUUUAUUCAUGAAAUUAGGUCAUGGCAAGAUUCUGUGAAAUAGCUGAGGAAAUGUGGCAUUAAAAGCUAUUGGACAAUGGCAUCAUCCAGUGACUCGUGCUGCUGUCACCCUGGUGGCCAGGUGUCGUCCUACUAGACGCUCGGCUUCAGUCCUCACAGAUAUCAGAGGAUGGAACCAUACAACUGAUAUGCGACUGUACAGUGUAUACAGUGUGUAUAGAGUAGGUUGACUCUACCAUUACAGUAGAGUAUGAUAUGUAUACAGAGAGAUUUAUUUUUGUAUAAUUUUUAUUUGAUAAAGGGUAUAAUAUGGACCUUUUGAGUCUAUCCUCAGCAACAGUAUCAAGGCUAUCAUAUCACAUUGGUGUGUCUCUUUGUUACUUGCACUGAACCAUAUCAGAAUAGCUUUUUCAUGGUUCAAGGAGCAGCUCUGAUGUCUAAAAUUGAAGGAAUGCCUGGCUAUAAUCUCAGUAUGAGGGUCUAUUUUAGAGGUGGAGGUUAUCGUUAACUUGAUCCUGGAUCAGUGGGGGUUGUAUAUCUCUGCAUUGUCAUGUUUAGAUCAUUUGAGCACUCACUAGGACCAGUGUCCUUAGUGGCGGAGGAGGCUCUCUACCUGGGUCUGUUGUUGUGUUGUUUCUGAACAUUUACUGAACGUGAUCAGAGACGAACCCAAAAAUAUGAAGAAAAUUCACGGUGUCAAUUCAUUAUGUGGAGAAUCAAGGAUGACGUGUGUAAAUAUGGUUAUUUCCAGGACAAGAAUGUUUUUUUCCCUAACUAAAGUUCAGACUAGUGACAUGGUGCCAUGAUAAGCACACAAUGUUGUAUCAACGCCUCUCUAACAUCACUGCGAAGUAGGUGGUUAGUUAUAGCACUGUCAGCUGAUAUGUACAACUUCUUCCUAUAGCCAUUAAUCAAUUGAAAUGCAAACAAUUUAUUUGUAAGAUACUCAUACGUUUUAUAGAUAUGAUUUUAAGGGACAACCCUUUAUAAUACAAAUGUCAAUCUCUGAAAAAUCUAAACGUCUAAAGCCUAAGUAAAUUGUAUAAUCCUAUGUAUGUUACAUUACAAAACAACAUGUAUUUAAGGUCUAACAUGGUACAAAGACGUUUCCUCCAACUACUUGAAGCUCUUUCUCUCCUGUUCUGUCUGCAUAGUGUUCAGCAGCCCUGCAGUGAUUUAAGUGUGAACAUGGUGUGUGAACAUGGCGUGUACAUGGUGUGUGAACAUGGUGUGUACAUGGUGUGUGAUCAUGGUGUGUACAUGGUGUGUGAACAUGGUGUGUGAUCAUGGUGUGUACAUGGUGUGUGAACAUGGUGUGUACAUGGUGUGUGAUCAUGCUGUGUGUCUGUUUGUCUGCUCCAGUAUGGAGCAAACCCAAUUAUGUACAGUGGAUGUACUGUAAGGAUUGUGAGUGUGUCUGUGUUGUUGAAAUGAAACAUGGCUCUACUGUCUUUUAAUUGUGGUACUUACUUAUACACUAUUGUAUUGUGAAACGAUCAAUGGAUACAUGAACCAUAAGUGUAAUGUGUAAAUCCUAGGCUUAUGAAUCCCAUUGACUCUUACCAAAUUAGUCAAAUAAGAUUCAAAGCCUGACUAUGAACCUUUGAUAAUCUCAGACUGCUCUGUUGUCAGGUAUGAGUGGAAUAGUAUUUCUGGUCAGUUUCUAAGCAUCCCUGUAGCUGCUUUUGGGGACUGUCUGCCAACUCUUGCAGGUGUUGAGCAGGUUUGAUACAGUAGUCAGAUGGAAUGUCCCCUGUCUCUCUCUGUUGUUUUCCUUGUGAUGAAGUUACAGAUUCCACACUACAGUGAGUGCUGUAAUUUUGUAUAUGAGUAUUGUAUCAUUGUGCUGUCAAACUUGGUUGUAAAGCGCAACAAACUCUUCUCUCAAUCAAUCAUUAAUACAUGUUUCCUUAAAGAAUAACCAGUCUGCAUGAGCCGGUAUACAGUACAUCAGGAUCAGCCAGCUCUGCUCUCUCUAUCUAUUACUCAUUUAUUUAAUAGCUUAAUGGAUGAAUUUGUUUCUAUUUAAAUAAAGAUCCAUGUUUAAAGUCAUAUUUUAACAACAUGUUUGUGUUAUUCUGAUUUCAUAUACAACUGGUAUGUUAUUCUCUGACAGAUCAGCCCUUACACAUACCAUGUGUAACACCAGGGGGAGACAUUCAGAAAGUGGCUGAGAUGAUAUCUGACUGUCUGGUAACGCUCCUUAUACAGUUCUCUCAUUUCCUUGUGUGAUUUAAUGAAAUUGGUAUAGUUCAUGAAAUAUCGACUUCAACCAGCAUUUCUAAAUAAUGUAUAUAAAUGUAAACCCUUUAUAUUCAAUAUGCAUAUCUAGUUUGUAUAAUGUAAAAAGCCAGAACUGUAGUUUUAGUCAGAUAAUUAAAAAGAGAAAUGUAAUCAUUUUUAAAGUGCUUUUAAACUAUUUUGCCCUUCAUUUUAUGUCUUUAUUUUAUUGUAUGUCAAUAUAUUUGAAUACAUUGCUGGCAUUUAUUGUACUGUAAACAAUGUUGCAAUAAAAACAAUAAAAUAA